CAUCUCUCUGCGUGUGUGAUAAAGCUGCGGUGAUUGUGGACUGAAGGGUAAAGUAUUGGACAAUAUAAGAACGAUUUCUGUUUGCAGGAGAACCAUCUAGGUUUCCGGACCACCCCGACAACGUCCCGUCCGUAUUUAAGCACAAGCCUGCGAGCCGCCGAGAUGCUGUUGUGCGUUUUGAAAGGUCGGCCAACAGACGAAGCACUCCGAGCCAGUCUUUCAAACGUUCUCAGCUUCCAAAUACAAAGCCAGCAACCACACAGAGCAGCCAGCCUUCAGGAAGUAACACAUCAAUGGUGCCAGCUGUCCCGGACGAUCCACCACACCACAGCGAUGGCAGCCCAGUGCUGGAACCCGAGGCAGCACAUCAACUUCCAAAAACUCCUGUAUUACACAUUCAUUUUGACUCUGGGGAAAAUGCAGAAACCCAGGCUAGUGAAGCACCUGAGCAUUCUACAGCCAAUCUUGAAAGUGGUUCUGCCAUGCAUGAUGCAUGCCAGCCCGACAAUGUGUCUAGCCUUAGAAUAGCUGAACUUGAAGCCCGUUUAGCUAGUGCAGAACAAUAUAACCUGACACUAGAGUCGCAUUUAAAAGCAGCACAGCAGCACACUGACACCUGGAGAAUGAGCUACUAUGAGCUGAAAGAAACAACACUGUGUCUCUCUAACAUGAAGACAGAACAAGACAUGCUGUAUUACACAAGCCUACCGUCCAUGGAUGUGUUUAAUAACCUCCUUUACCUAGUCGUACAUCAAAAUCGACACCUUAAAAAGCAUGAAGAGAUAAAAACGCACAACACCAAAGAGCAGUUGUUUAUGGUGUUGGUACGCCUGUGGACAGGCAUGCCCACGAAGGAGAUUUGUCGAAAUUUCGCCAUACCAAUGUCGACAUUUAGUCGCCUUUUCUCGACAUGGAUUCUCAUGUUAGAAAGACUCCUCACAGAUAUCACUGGCUUUCCAUCCCUCUCCGAUGUACACUGCAACAUUUCACACCACUUCAGACGGUAUCCAAACACACGCAUAAUAUUAGAUACAACAGAAAUUCGCAUCCAGAAGCCUUCAGGGGUGUACGCCCAGAGACAAACCUUUUCCAAUUAUAAGCAUGUCAACACGAUGAAGUGCCUAGUGGGAGCCACACCGGAUUGCUUUGCGAGUUUUGUGUCUGCUUUGUAUGGUGGAGGAACCAGUGACAGGGAAAUUGUACAACAGUCAGGUGUACUUGAUUUGUUGGAAUCAGGCGAUGGUGUAAUGGUGGAUAAGGGCUUCAAAGUUGAAGACCUUCUUCCACGUGGUGUUUCACUUCAUAUUCCUCCUUUUCGCAUUACUGGCGAAGCUCAAAUGAGUGGAAAGGAUGUUGAAGAAACCAGGCAUAUUGCCAUUGCGAGAGUUCAUAUAGAGAGAGUUAUUAGGAGAAUUAAGGAGUUCCACAUUUUAGACAAACCAUUUCCUAUAAACAUGCUGGACCUGGCAGAUGCAAUUUUUACAACAUGUGCCUACUUGUCAAACUUUAGAGGGCCGCUGAUAAAUAAGGAUAAGAGACGAUAGAGGACGAAGAGGUUCAAUGAGCCCCGCAACAUGCAGUGGUAGCAGUGUGUCAGAAUUUAUGUAUGUAUAUGCUGCAUGGACAAAUAAACUUUAAAAAAAAUGUGCCAGAGAGGAAGUGCUUUCCAUCCUGGUCCAGAAUAUUCUGGUCCUUCUGGCCAUUGGACCAGAAUGUCUUUCAGUAAACAGCUUGACAUGCAAUCGAAUGAAUGAGUUUGGAUAAUCGUUAAUAAAUUUGAAAACACCUUUUAUUCUCCUUCAUUGUUUUCAAUCAUCUCUUUGUUAUGCCAUGUCGUUCUUGCCCAAACAUGCAAUUCUGCUAGGU